AUCGCAGGCUUUUGCGAAAUAUACAAGUACUUGUUGAACCGACGAGCACACAUAACCUAAGAACAUACCAGCGAAGAACUGUGGAGAAGGAGGGAACUUGGAGUGGAUAUGCAUAUUCUUCGUAGAAAUCUACUACAAAGAAUCCGCUCCAAUUUCUUCGAUCAAGUUGUAAAGGAGAGAGCAUUUUCCAGUAGGACAGUCCGCGAUGUGGGACAGCCAACAGCCAGUACUCAUCCUCAGUUAUUGAAGAAAGGGGAGAUUACUCCUGGCAUAAGCAGUGAAGAAUACAUCUGGAGACGAAAGAAAUUAUUAGAACUUCUUCCGGAGAAUGCUUUGGCAAUUGUUGCAUCUGCCCCAGUGAAGAUGAUGACUGAUGUCGUGCCAUACACCUUCCGGCAAGAUGCCGAUUAUCUCUACAUUACUGGCUGCCAACAACCAGGUGGCAUUGCAGUUUUAGGUCAUCAUUGUGGUUUAUGCAUGUUCAUGCCAGAAGUAACAUCCGAUGAUGUUAUGUGGCAAGGUGAGAUUGCUGGGGUCGAUGCAGCUCUGGACACAUUCAAGGCUGAUGAAGCAUACCCAAUGAGUGCAUUGGAUAAGAUCCUCUCAAGGAUGAUAGGAAGCUCAUCCCAGUUGUUCCAUAAUGUGAAUACAGCUAAUUCUUCUUACAUGAACUUGGAGGCCUUCCAUAGAGCAGCUAACAAUGGCAAAGUCAGAGAUUUUUCAGUCUAUAGUCAUGAAGCACGGUGGAUAAAAUCAGAAGCUGAGGUUAAUUUGAUGAGAAAUUCUGCCUCUAUAGCUUGUCAGGCUCUUUUGCUGACAAUGUUGCACUCGAUGUCAUUUCCGAAUGAGGGUAUGCUCUCAGCUAAGUUUGAAUAUGAAUGCAAAACGCGAGGUGCCCAAAGAAUGGCGUUCAAUCCUGUGGUUGGUGGGGGUUCUAAUGGCAGUGUCAUACAUUAUGCUCGAAAUGAUCAAAAAAUUCAGGAUGGAGACCUUGUUCUGAUGGAUGUAGGAUGUGAACUCCACGGUUAUGUUAGUGAUCUUACUCGUACAUGGCCACCUUGCGGUAGAUUUUCUUCCGUUCAAGAAGAAUUGUAUGACCUUAUACUGGAGACAAAUGAAGAAUGUUUAAGACUCUGCAAACCCGGCACGAGCAUUCGAGAAAUACACAACUACUCGGUUCACAAGCUGCGAAAAGGAUUCAAAGAACUUGGAAUAUUAAAAAGAGAUCAACCUCACAGUUACCAUUUGUUGAACCCGACGAGUAUAGGCCACUAUCUUGGUAUGGAUGUUCAUGAUUGCUCCAAAAUAAGCUACGAUGUUCCUUUGAAGCCCGGUGUUGUGAUCACAAUUGAACCUGGCGUCUACAUCCCUUCUAAUUUUGAUGGUCCAGAGAGGUAUCGAGGCAUUGGGAUAAGGAUAGAAGAUGAAGUUCUGAUCACAGAGUCAGGAUAUGAGGUACUUACGGGUUCGGUACCAAAAGAGAUUAGACACUUGGAAUCCUUGCUUAACAAUUUGAGCAGUGGGAUGGGGGUAAAGACUCAUAACGUGGUUAAGCACUUCCAUAAUUCAGUAGACAUUGCUUCUAACAGAUGAAGAUUUACUUCAAUCUUGAUAGCUGCUGACAUUUGGAUACGGCGAGCAAGGUAUUGCCUGUUAACUCUUGUAUCAAAAGAAAUUUAAAUAUUGAACCUUCAUUUAUGGAUCCUACUUCUACUGUAACUGUUAAUUUAUUUCCAAAAUUAUUUUUAUUUAAACUUUUUUUGUUAUGGUUUUGGAAUGUAUUCCAACAGUAAAUGUCUGUAAUAUAUGAGUCAUGAAUUCAGCUGAGAUGAUAAGCAAUUUGGUGCUGUCAGCUGCUGCAAGUGUCUAUACCUGUUUAGAUGUUAUAUGUUCAAGAA